CUGUUGCAUCAUUUUUGCGGUAGGUGACCCCAACCCCUCCGCCAAAAUCCGGCUAUUAGAUGUGACCACGAGGUUGAUCAGGAGAAGCCACCAUGUCUUAAACCCAGACGGGCCAAGCGGAGCCCUGUCCCCCCACCCUGGACCACCCUCCCCCUCCCCCAUCCACCACCUUACCCCUUCUCCUAGUCCCAUUCCUCUCCCAGACCUUCCUGUACAUGUAAGGGGCAGGUUACCCAGCGCUGGCUCCCCGCUGGGACACCCCUCCCCAUCCUCCGGAGAGAUGAGCCUGCAGAAGCUCCAGCCUUUGGGUGGUGGCAGUGGAGUGAUGGGCUCUGACCGAGACCUGCAGUCCACUGCUUCCUCCAUCUCUCUGCCCUCUGUAAAGAAGGCCCCCAAGAAGAGGCGCCUGUCCCUCGCCUCCUUUUUCGGACGGCGAGGCAGGGAGCCCAAACCAGGACGCCAAAGGUCGAGAGAACUCCACCAUUCUGGACCUGGAGGAUUCGGAGGGGUGGAUGGUAUCGCUAGCAUCGAGAGUAUCCACUCGGAGAUGUGCAAUGACAGAAACUCUUCUUUCUUCUCUUUGGCUGGGACUGGGGCCGCCUCUGCUGUUGCCACCUCAUCUGCCUCAGGGCCUUCCUCCUCUAUAUCCUCCUCGUCUUCCAGGGGCGGGGGUGAGAGAGAGCUCCUGGAGUGCCCGCUGUGCCUUCUGCGCCACUCAAGGGAGCACUUCCCUGACAUCAUGACCUGUCCACACCGCUCCUGCAUUGAUUGCCUACGCCAAUACCUGCGUAUUGAGAUCUCGGAAUCCCGUGUAAACAUCAGCUGCCCUGAGUGCUCAGAGCGCUUCAACCCACACGACAUCCGCAUAAUCCUCGGUGACCAGGCACUCAUGGACAAGUAUGAGGAGUUCAUGCUGAGGAGAUGGUUAGUGGCUGACCCUGACUGCCGGUGGUGUCCUGCACCAGACUGCGGAUAUGCAGUGAUUGCCUUUGGGUGCGCAAGCUGUCCUAAAAUCACGUGUGGCAGGGAAGGCUGUGGCACAGAGUUCUGUUACCACUGCAAGCAGCUGUGGCAUCCCAACCAGACCUGUGAUGCAGCCCGACAGCAGAGAGCCCAGAGCCUUCGCCUGAGGACAGUCCGCUCAUCCUCCCUCAGCUACAGCCAAGAGAGCGGAGCAGCAGCCGAUGACAUAAAGCCAUGUCCACGCUGUGCCGCUUACAUCAUCAAGAUGAAUGAUGGCAGCUGUAACCACAUGACCUGUGCUGUUUGUGGCUGCGAGUUCUGCUGGCUCUGCAUGAAGGAGAUCUCAGACCUGCACUACCUGAGUCCCUCAGGCUGUACUUUCUGGGGGAAGAAGCCAUGGAGCAGGAAGAAGAAGAUUCUUUGGCAACUGGGAACACUUGUUGGUGCCCCUGUCGGCAUCGCACUCAUUGCCGGCAUCGCUAUCCCUGCUAUGAUUAUUGGCAUCCCUGUGUAUGUGGGGAGGAAGAUCCAUAACCGCUAUGAAGGCAAAGAUAUCUCCAACCACAAGAGGAACCUGGUGAUCGCUGGUGGAGUGACGCUCUCUGUUAUCGUGUCUCCAGUGGUGGCUGCAGUCACUGUCGGAAUUGGAGUUCCCAUCAUGUUGGCUUACGUUUACGGUGUAGUGCCCAUCUCAUUGUGCCGUAGUGGCGGUUGUGGCGUCUCAGCUGGGAACGGUAAAGGAGUUCGCAUAGAGUUUGAUGACGAGAAUGACAUGAAUGUUGGAAGUGGGGCAGCUGCCACAGAUUCAACAUCUGUGGCAGACACACGGAACAACCCCAGUAUAGGUGAAGGUAGUGUCGGAGGACUGACGGGUAGCCUAAGUGCCAGUGGAAGCCACAUAGACCGUCUUGGAGCCAUCAGAGACAACCUUAGUGAAACAGCAUCCACCAUGGCCCUGGCUGGAGCCAGCAUCACAGGCAGCCUCUCUGGCAGUGCCAUGGUCAAUUAUUUAAAUAGGCUAGAGGUGCAGGCUGAUGUGCAGAAAGAGCGCUGCAGUCUGAGCGGUGAGUCUGCCACUGUCAGUUUGGGUACAAUCAGCGACAACGCUAGCACCAAAGCAAUGGCUGGAUCCAUUCUUAACUCCUACGUGCCGCUUGACAGGGAUGGGAACAGUAUGGAGGUCCAGGUGGACAUCGAAUCCAAACCUGGCAAACUUCGGCACCACAGUGGCAGCAGCAGUGUAGAUGAUGGCAGCCACGUUGGCCGCUGUGGCUGGACCUACCCUUCCAACGGUUGUACAUCCUUAGAAUGCAAAGGAACCUCAGCAAAGUGGGCCAAAGAGGCCUCCUGCUCCUCCUCGUCCGGCUCAGGGGGCAAGAAAAGCAAAGGAAAACUACGCAAGAAAGGCGGCGGAGGCACCAAGAUAAACGAGACACGGGAGGACAUGGAUGCUCAGCUGCUUGAGCAGCAGAGCACCAACUCUUCAGAGUUCGACUCGCCCUCACUGAGCGGCAGCCUGCCAUCUGUGGCCGACUCCCACUCUAGCCAUUUCUCUGAGUUCAGCUGCUCUGAUCUGGAAAGCAUGAAGACAUCCUGUAGCCACGGCUCCGGCGGAGGCGACUACCACACACGCUUUGCUAACGUCAGCCCCCUACCUGAGGUGGAGAACGAUCGUCUGGAGACCUGUCCAGCGUCUUCAUCUUCUCCCCAGGGCAGAGGAGCUGUAUUUGCUCCCCAGUCCCCCACCUCCUCCCUCGGUCCUGGUUCAGAGCUCUCUCCUCUCUGCUUCAUAACAGAGCAGAAUGUCAACAUGGUGUGCCCUGCUGAGCUGGACUCUCACAGCAACACCAGAGAGCUGCUUAAAGAAACCAACAACAACCACCAACAACCACAACACCCAGCACAGACCCAGCAGCAGCAGCCCAAGAACUCUUGUAUACAGACUGACAUAUAAAAUCUCAAUACCUUAAGUGCUGCACGGAUUUUGUUUUUAUUUGAUAUCAUUUCCUCAACUAAAUUACAAAUUAUAGCUGCAUUUCUGUUUUUUUUUGCAAACUGCAUCUCUGUUGCUACCUUUCAACUUGUUACCUUUUUGGACCUUCAAAAAAAAAAAAUCCACCCUCAAGUAUAACACUUUGUCCACUGGCAGUUAGAGCGCUGCCAGGAAGUUUAAAGAUGUUCCUAAAGUUCAGCCAUGUGAGAAAAGUAAAGGUUGUGAAUGGUAGUGGUUCUUCCUGUGGAGCCCAAAGACUGCUGACACUUAACGACAGUUCACUUACUCACCACUUGUAACAGAGACAGCCCACUGAUUUGGUAACUUUCCUUUUGAUCUGUGUACGUUAAAUGAAAAACCACUGUGCCAGUAAUGCGAGUGUUUGACUUUGGCUUGAUAAUAGCGAUUCUCCAGAAGUGAACUCAGACAGGGACCAGGCAAUGUGAAUCAUUAUUUCCUCUUUAUACUUCCCCUCAAAUGUAUUCGUAACAGAGGAACCUUUGUGUUCUUGUUUGUGUUUAUAAUGACACUUUAUUUUUUUGUCCCUGGAUGAUUGUUUUUAAAUGGACCCCCAAAUGAAAACUAGAAGGCCUGGGCUUACAGGGAUAGUUCAGAUUUUCGGUGGUGGGAUAAGUUCAAGGUACCCUUCUGUGUUUCAGUGUUUUACCCACAGAGGAUGUCAGUCAGCAUUUCUCCUCUACCUCUAUGUACCACUGUGGACAGAGUUUGAAGCAAAACGUACUUAAAGCCAUUAAUAGAGUCCCGCCUGUAAACAAAACCAGUCAGUUUGGCUAGAUGAGCUGUUUGGGUCAUGAAAUGCCAUGGUGAGCUGGACUAAUAUUCACUUCUCUGUGUAGAUUUCACUUUGAUGAUAAUGGCCUUAGACAGCUGUGGCUGGCUAUAAAUAUAUAUAUAAAUAAAAAUAGGACAGCUAAACGUGUGGUGAGGCAAACUGCUGCAUGAAACUAUCAGCAAAGAGUGCCAAAUAUAUAUGAGCUAAACAACUGACCAAACCACUUCAAAAGUUGUUCCUCUUCCUCUCGGUUCAUUGGUUCUCUCUCUCUCUCUCUCUCUCUCUCUCUCUCUCUCUCUCUCUCUGUAAAAGUGAUUCCUCUAUUUAGCCUGGUUCAUAAAUUAUCCUCAUGCCGCCAGCAUGGGUGGAAUUAAGUAAUUUCCAGCCAAUUGUAGUUCUUGAUUAGCUUCUCUGAUAGCAUUGCAUGCGUAGGAAUACAGAGCGUAUGUUUAAAAACACAGUGCCAAAGUAAAGGGCUGUCUGACAGCAAGGUGAAGCAGUGAAAAUAUUCAAAGAAUAUAGCAGUAACUUACUUAGGUUAAGGCUUAGCUUUAGUGUUGGUACUUCCACUUGGUUCUCCAAACAGGAAUCUGAAUUACUCCCUUGUUAUCUGAAAUCAUCCAUAACUAUUUACCACUGAAUUCAACUUGUAACACAACUGAGGUUUACUAAAGGUGGAUAUGCUCUAGCACCUAGAAGAUGUUGCCUCACAGCCUUUCAGCUGCUGCUUGGCAUGUUGGACCUGCAGCUGCUGAGAGUCCCUUGGAAGCCCAGGCCUUGGUCAGCUCUUUGAAGAGCUCAGCUCUGUGGAGGACAGUGUUUUAGAGAUAAUGCUGAAAGUAUUCUUAUAAGCAUUAACCAAUGGUUUGGUCGUCUCUCUGAAAUUUUAUCAAGAAAAUAUUUAGUCCUUGUGAUUUAUUCAUUGUGAUGGUUUUGUCUCCCUGACUAAGAGAGAGCUUUGAUGUCUUUCUUUGUUAACUCAUGGUGCCUUCAAGAAGCUGUUUGUGUUCUCUGUUUGUCUCUAUCUCCACUGUGUCUUCAAGACUCAAAACUAAGACGACCCAUUAGGGGUUGCCAAAUGUCUGUCAGCGGGAGGGAUGCUCAUUAACAAAACGUACUGUGGUAGAUAUGGUAAAUGAAGACUUUCCAAUUGCCUACCAAAGACAGCACUCAGGCUUUUGUUAAAUCUCAUACAUUUGUCACCUGCUGACACAGUAUGGUUUAUCCAUUUUACACCAAGGGGACAAAUGAAUAUACAAACAUACAGACUGCUGUUUUAUACAUGCCUCACAAAUGCUACACAAAUGUCUGCGGUCCCAGAAAGGCCCGAGACUCUUGCACUGCUACCUGAACUUCUUAUUACCUUUAAAUCCAGAAAGGUUAGUUACCUUCCCUGUUGAUUUGUCCUUUUUUGAUUUGCCAAUUGGUGCUGCAGAGCAGACUUGAAGUCAAAAUCUGCUUUCAACACUGAACUCCAGAGUGUUGGCUCAAGUUUCUCUUCAGUGGACAGCUUUAUUAUUGCCACUGAGUUGGCUCAGGUGAACCUCUCUACCAGGUAGGUUAAAGCGUUCUUGAAUGGUUAUUUGACCCAGGUCUGUUUCUGAAUGAACACUUGAGUUUGGUUCUGCAGAUAAAGCUACAUGCUGCAGUCCUCCCCACUCAUUUAGCAAAAUGUUUUCUUUCUUUCUCCCCAGUUCUCUCAUUCUUCACCAAAACUCCGGUUUCUUGAUCCUUAUUUGAACACUAGUGCCAGACAUAAUUUGUGCAGAAUAGCAUAAGGUAUUUGUAUAUGUUUGGUAAUUUGCUUUAUUAUAUGCGUGUAAAUGCAUAUCAUAAAAAUAAAACAAAAAACAAAUA